CUGAUACAGACAAUGAUAUUUGCUAUUGAAGAAAUAAAUCUGAGCAAAACUCUGCUUCCGAGUAUCACUCUGGGAUAUGAGAUCUACGAUGACUGCUCGGUCACCGCAAUAGCGUCGAAAGCAGCCUUGGCUUUGGUGAAUGGAGAGCAAGAAUUAAUUGAGUAUCCUGAAUGUAAAGGGUCCUCCAAUGUCGCAGCCAUUAUUGGCUGCGAUAUAUCCACGUCCUCUAUGGCAGCCGCAAGGACAGUCGGAGCGUUCGGAAUUCCGAUGGUCAGUCAUUUUUCUACUUGCCCUUGUCUGAGCGAUAAGCAAGAAUAUCCGACUUUCUUUAGAACGAUACCAAGCGACAAAGACCAGUCCAAACUUCUCGCUGAACUCGUGAAAACGUUUGAUUGGAACUGGAUUGGGACGAUUAGAAGCAAUACAGAUUACGGGAAUUUUGCGAUGAGAACUUUUAUCGAAGAAGCCCAAAAAGUUGGGGUUUGCAUCGCGUACUCCGAAUCAUUUUACAGAACUGAUCCAGCAGAGAAAAUCAGCAAAGUAGUGCAGGUGAUGAAAGAAGCGACCACAAAGGUUGUGAUUGGAUUUGUGCAUAGUGGAGAUAUGCGAGUGCUAAUUCGGGAGAUAGUGCGCCAAAAUGUAACGGGAAUACAGUGGAUUGGAAGUGAAGGGUGGCUUACAGAAGAUAUAUUGCCACCUGAAGAUAGAGCAAGGUUUCUCAUUGGGGCCAUUGGUCUAACAACUCCUUGGACAGAAAUAGCCGGCCUCAGAGAUUAUCUUCUAAAAAUUCAUCCUUCUAAGUUUCCUGACAGCACUUUUGUGAAGAUAUUUUGGGAAACUCUAUUCUCGUGCUCUUUGACGACGGACACAACAAAAACUAGAAAAUCUGCAUUUCAAGUCCAGCCAUGCACAGGGAAUGAACAUUUGGAUGGGUUAGAGAAUGGCUACCUUCCGGCGAUGAUGGACGGAAGUUCCUAUCGUGUGUACAAAGCAGUCUAUGCUGUCGCUCAUGCACUUGACGAUAUGCUGGCCUGUGAAGAAGGCAAUGGCCCCUUUAUGAAUAACACUUGCGCUCACAUUUCAAGCUUUGAACCCUGGCAGUUGCUGCAUUAUCUACACGCGAUAAAUUUCACUGCUAACACUGGGGAAAUCGUGUAUUUUGACGAAAAUGGUGAUCCAGUUCCAGCGUAUGACUUAAUAAAUUUACAAAUGAAUUUGGAAGGUUCACUUGAAAUUGCAAAAAUUGGAUAUUAUGAAGGCUCAGCGCCGGAAGGACAAGAACUUAUCCUGAAUAUCGGAGAUAUCGUGUGGAGCUCCACUGGAAAGCAGAUUCCUCAUGUUAUUUGUUCAGAACCUUGUCCGGUCGGAACAAGAAAGGUCAGCAGGAAAGGUCAGCCAAUAUGUUGUUUCGACUGCGCAGAAUGCGCCGACGGUGAGAUUAGCAACAGCACAGAUUCCACCGAUUGUAUGAAGUGCCCGUUGGAUUAUUUGUCCAAUCAGCAAAAAAAUCGAUGUGUUCCCAAAAAGAUUGAAUUUCUUUCAUUCCAAGAGGUUCUGGGCUUCGUCUUAGUGGCGCUUGCUUUCGUGGGCGUAUGUCUUGCACUAGGUACAGCUGGUGUGUUCUUCCGGUAUCGGAAAACUCCUAUCGUUCGAGCGAACAAUUCGGAGCUGAGCUUUCUCCUUCUCUUUGCGCUAACGCUUUGCUUCCUGUGCUCACUCACCUUCAUUGGGAAACCGACCGGAUGGUCCUGCAUGUUGCGGCGGACUGCGUUUGGAAUUGUGUUUGUUCUGUGCAUUUCCUGUAUUUUGGGGAAAACCGUUCUUGUCGUGAUCGCUUUUAAAGCAACUCUUCCCAACAACAAUUUGAUGAAAUGGUUUGGCCCGAUGCAGCAACGGUUAGGAGUAUUCGGCCUCACAUUUCUUCAAGGGUUAAUUUGCACGAUCUGGCUCAUUGUAUCACCUCCAUAUCCAGUGAAAAACAUGACCUAUUACAGGGAUAUCAUAAUUUUGGAAUGUGAUGUGGGCUCUUUAAAAGCCUUUUAUUUGGUGUCCAGCUAUAUUGGUUUUCUGUCCACUGUUUGCUUCCUGCUAGCUUUUCUUUCCCGGAAGCUUCCAGAUAAUUUCAACGAUGCAAAGUAUAUAACUUUCAGUAUGCUGAUCUUCUGUGCUGUUUGGAUCACUUUUAUUCCGGUUUAUGUCAGCUCUCCAGGAAAAUACAUGGUGGCUGUAGAGGUGUUUGCAAUUUGGGCGUCAAGCUUUGGUUUGCUUGUCUGCAUUUUUGCUCCGAAAUGUUAUAUUAUCUUACUGAAACCGGAGAAUAACACAAAGAAAACCGUGAUGGGCAAAGGGACUUUGCUGCGACCAUUUGCAGCAGAAGGAGCACCUCAACAAGACACCUUCGGAGUUCAAAUGAAGACAAACGUUCAGCAGAGGGCUGCGACGAUGCUGAUUGGAGGGUGGGGCGAAGUUACGCAUGACGCAGUCACCACUGGCAAACUGGGUUUUGCAAGCAAGGUGGAUUGUGCUUUCACACCAGGAUGGCACCUCUAUGACAGCCGAGUUAAAAAGCACCUGUACAUUUCUGUAUCCUGGUACUAG